UAAGCUUAAUUGCAGUUAAAUUAGUCGCUGGCACUAAUACAGUCGCUGCCGCGGAAAGGGGGAUCGCGCGAAAUGGAGCUCUCGCCGGCGCCGGUCCCGGCGGGGAGAUGGGCCGACCUCCCAGAGGACAUCGCCGUCGCCGUCGCCUCCCGCCUCCAGGAGGCCGACGUGUGCGCGCUCGGCGGCUGCUCGCGCUCCUGGCGCACCGCCUGCGACGCCGACUGCGUCUGGGAGCGCCUCUUCCGCUGCCGCUGGCCGGCCGCCGCGGCGGAAGCAGCGGUGGCGUCCCGUGUGCAGGGAUGGAAAGCUCUCUACAUGAACCAACACAGAAGAAUGGCUGUUGCAAUAUCUAAUGUGGUUGAAUUUGUGGGGAGCAGCUUAAAUAAUGGGUCGCUUGAAUCUGAAUAUUAUCUGAAAGCUAUUGCUGAUCUAGCAUUGAUAGCUGAUAUAGGAUUUCUCGAUGUCCAGUUUUUCUUGUUUUCAAGGAAUCACAGUGCAAUAAUAAAUCUCAUUGGAUUGCACUACUCAAUUUCAUCUUUGCAUGUGCCGCCAACUGAAGUCAGUAAAGCACUCCAAGCUUGCCAAGUAGCAGGAAGGAAAGUAUGUGUGAACUUGCUCAAGCUUGGUAGGUGGUUCUAUGGUUUCCGAUUGCGUGAUGAACAUGAGUCUCGUAAAAUAUCACUGAAUGAGCUCACCAUGUCUGAGGGAGCAGAAGUUUUAGCCAUUCUUAACCGUGGAGCUGUUCAUGAGGUAUUUCGUCUCCGGGUCAGUUUGGCGGACAUGGAUAAGUGAUCUGAAAGUAUGCACACCAUAAGUACUUCAGUACUUGGCUUAUUGUGCCCUUUGUAAAUAUGUAUGACUUUUGUGCCCUCGUGGCUCUGCUUAGUUGUAAAUGCAAGCAUAGGUAUAGAACCAUGUAAACUUUUAUUACAUAGUCUUGUAUAAAAUAAAUAAUAAAGGGCCAUGUGUAAGUUGGUCCUACACAUUUCGCCAUUUAUUUGAUAAGCUCUGUUGAAUGUUUUCUAUUUUCA